AUGGAUGAUACGUUUCAACCACCGUUUAAGAGCUGCGUGACUGAUGCGAAUGUAGCUAGUGUCAUGUGUUCUUACAACCAAGUUAACGGUAAACCGACAUGCGCUGAUCCUGAUCUGCUUUCUGGUGUGAUCCGCGGACAAUGGAAGUUAAACGGGUACAUUGUUUCAGAUUGUGAUUCUUUAGAAGUGAUGUAUACAAACCAACACUAUACCAAGACUCCAGCGGAAGCUGUGGCCAAAUCUCUAUUGGCAGGUUUGGAUUUGAACUGUGAGCAUUUCACGGAUCAACACGCAAUGGAAGCGGUCAAGUCCGGUUUGGUAAACGAAGGGGCUGUUAACAAAGCGAUUUCAAACAAUUUCGCAACUCUGAUGCGUUUAGGAUUCUUUGACGGUGACCCCAAGAAGCAGCCCUACGGUAAUCUUGGUCCUAAAGACGUUUGCACAGUCGAGCACCAAGAACUCGCAAGAGAAGCCGCAAGACAAGGCAUUGUCUUGCUCAAGAACUCUCCUGGUUCGCUUCCGUUCUCACCUUCCGCGAUCAAAACGUUAGCCGUGAUUGGACCAAACGCCAAUGUCACCUUAACGAUGAUCGGAAACUACAAUGGCAUACCGUGCAAGUACACAACACCGCUUCAGGGACUGGCGGAAACGGUAUCGCCGACGUACCAGCCCGGAUGUUCUGACGUGUUGUGCAAGGAGGCGGAUAUAGGCUCAGCCGCGGCUCUGGCGGCUUCUGCGGAUGCCGUUGUGCUCGUAGUGGGCGCAAAUCAAUUGAUUGAGUGGGAGGACCUUGACCGAGUCGACCUGAAUCUCCCAGGAAAACAGCAAGAGCUAGUGACUCAGGUGGCUAAAGCCGCGAAAGGACCGGUGGUGCUAGUCAUAAUGUCCGGCGGAGGAUUCGACAUUACAUUUGCCAAAAACGACGACAAGAUCACAAGCAUUAUGUGGGUCGGAUAUCCUGGUGAAGCCGGUGGUCUAGCCAUUGCUGACGUCAUUUUCGGUCGUUAUAAUCCGUGCGGACACUUGCCGAUGACGUGGUAUCCUCAGUCGUAUGUAGAGAAAGUUCCGAUGUCGAAUAUGAACAUGAGACCCGACGAAUCAAACGGGUAUCCGGGUCGGACUUACCGGUUUUACGCCGGAGAAACCGUAUACGCCUUCGGAGACGGGAUUACCUACACUCAAUUCAACCAUCGGCUAAUCAAAGCUCCGAAACACGUCUCUCUUCCUCUCGACGAGAGCCACCGUUGCCGAUCGUCGGAGUGCCAAUCACUGGACGCGAUCGGACCGCACUGCGAAAACGCCGUCGAGGGACGAUCGGAAUUCGAAAUCCACCUGAAGGUAAGGAACGCCGGAGACAGAGAUGGGAGUCACACGGUGUUUCUGUUCACGACGCCGCCGGCUGUGCACAGAUCGCCGAUUAAGCAUCUUCUAGGGUUCGAGAAGAUUCGUCUGGUGAAGAACGAAGAGACGGUGGUUAGGUUUAAGGUCAAUGUGUGUAAAGAUCUGAGUGUUGUUGAUGAAAUCGGGAAGAGGAAAAUCGCUUUAGGCGAACAUCUUCUCCAUGUUGGAAACUUGAAACAUUCCUUGAACAUUAGGGUCUGA